AUGUUUAGAAAACUAAAAUCAGUAUUUUCUAGACCAAAAUUAGCACCUGAGAUAGCAGAUUGCAAGAAUGAAAGUGCCCCUCCACCACCAAAGGCAUCAACAGGCCAGGAUGAAAAUAAAACAACAAAUGAACCACAGAAAGCAGAGGCCAAUAAUAAAGCAGAGCCUAUACCAAAGCAACAAGAUACAGAAUCAGCAAAAGCACCUGAGCCUUCAAAACCUGAAAACUCAACUGAACCAGCUAAGACAACUCAACAGGAAGAGCAUGAACUCAAAGAUGGGAAAGAAGAUGCUAACACACAGAAGCCAACACGUCCAGGUCCCCAGACAAAUGAGUACGCUGAUGCCCAGCUUCAAGAGCUUGUCAAAAAAUUGCGUGAAAGGGCAAAUGUCUAUAAGGAAAAGCUGAAUGACCCAGUGAUAUCUUCACCUGAAGCAAGUCCUCCAGCUUCACCAAAGAAGCCUCCACCCCCACCAAAAGAAGAAAAAAAAGAAGAAAAAAAAGAAGAAAAAAAAGAAGAAAAAAAAGAAGAAAAGAAAGAGGAGGCAGAAGCAAAGCCAGAGGAGGAUCAUUACUGUGAUAUGCUGUGCUGUAAAUUCAAAAAACCUCCACUGAAAAAAUACAUGGAGUAUAUGAAGCUACCAGAUACCAUUGACUCAUACACAGAUCGCCGUUACGUGGCAUGGCUCAUGCUUGUGACAAUUGCCUAUAACUGGAACUGCUGGUUCAUUCCCCUGCGCUACGUGUUCCCAUAUCAAACCCCCAGUAACACAAUGUACUGGUUUGCCAUUGAUGUCAUGAGUGACAUCUGCUACCUGUGUGACUUGAUCAUUUUCCAGCCCCGAGUGCGGUUUAUCAAAGGGGGAGAUAUAAUAUCAGACAGAGCAGAAACUGAGAAAUUCUACCGCAGCACUGUGAAGUUUCGGCUUGAUGUGCUAUCAGUGUUUCCAUUUGACAUUUUAUACUUCUUCUUUGGAUUUAAUCCAGCACUUCGAGCAAACAGGAUGCUAAAGCAUAACACGUUCUUUGAGUUUAAUGAUCGUUUGGAAGCGAUUAUGGAAAAAGCAUACAUCUACAGGGUCAUUCGAACAACUGGAUACUUGCUGUUUAUCUUGCACAUUAAUGCAUGCCUGUAUUAUUGGGCUUCAGACUAUGAAGGAAUUGGCAGCACUAGAUGGGUGUAUGAUGGCGAAGGAAACAUGUACCUGAGGUGCUACUACUGGGCAGUUCGUAGUUUAAUCACCAUCGGUGGCCUUGCAGAACCACAAACGCUGUUUGAGAUAAUUUUUCAACUUCUGAAUUAUUUCAUGGGUGUCUUUGUCUUCUCCAGCUUAAUUGGUCAGAUGAGAGAUGUAAUUGGAGCAGCAACAGCAGGGCAGAACUACUUUCGUUCCUGUGUGGACAACACUGUCUCCUAUAUGAACACCUAUUCUAUUCCAAAAUUGGUGCAAAACCGUGUUCGAACGUGGUAUGAAUACACAUGGGACUCUCAAGGAAUGCUGGAUGAAUCAGAAUUACUGGAGCAGAUGCCAACCAAAAUGCAUUUAGCUGUUGCAAUUGACGUGAACUUUGCCAUUGUCAACAAAGUGGACUUGUUCAAAGGCUGUGAUACCCAGAUGAUAUAUGACAUGCUGCUAAGGUUGAAAUCCAUUGUAUAUUUACCUGGUGACUUUGUCUGCAAAAAGGGAGAGAUUGGCAGAGAGAUGUACAUCAUCAAACAGGGUGAAGUUCAAGUCCUUGGAGGCCCUGAUGGUACCAAAGUCCUGGUUACACUAAGAGCAGGAGCUGUAUUUGGGGAGAUCAGCCUACUAGCUGCAGGUGGAGGAAAUCGAAGGACUGCCAAUGUCGUGGCUCAUGGUUUUGCCAACCUUUUCAUUCUGGACAAGAAAACACUCAAUGAAAUCUUGGUGAACUAUCCUGACUCAGAAAAACUUCUCAUGAAGAAAGCAAAGGUGCUGCUGAAGCAGAAGGGGAAACCUCCUCCGGGACCACCAGUGCAACAACCACGGGGCUUGGCCAGUCUCUUUGGGCAGAAACAGGAAACUCCAAAGUUGUUUAAAGCAGUGCUUGGAGGAAAAGGAAAAGAAGGCCUUGCUAAGCUGCUGCAGCUGAAGAAACAACAAGAAACUCAGGAAACUCAAGCUGAAACACAGACCAAGCCUAAAGAAGAAGAGAAGAAACCUGUGGCACCUGCAGCCCCCUCUGCACCCCCUGCUCAGAAGGAAAAGCCACAGGCAGAUGCUAAGCCUGCAGUUAUGCAGAGAGCAACCAGUAAGGAGUCUCUGAUCAUUAGUAUGACUCCAUCCCCCAGAGCAGGAGAAGGAGAGAUCCUUAAAGUUGAAAUUAAAGAGAAAGAAAAGAAAUAG